GUGCUUCUGUUCAUUAUGGAAAGUCAGGAAGAAGGAAAAAAAAAUAUGAAAGCAGCCAUGGUCAGAAAAUAUUAAGACAUACAAAAGAAGUCCGAGAUAAACAAGAUCUGUUUUCUUAUCUUCAAUUUGCCUCUUUAUGGCUUUAUUACUUCCUCUUUGCACUAAAAUUUUGAUAUAUCUCUCUCUCCUUUCACAAACAGUAGAAAAUCAAACCAAUAAUAGAUGCUUACAUUUGCCAAUACAUAUUAGAUAACAUGUAUAUCCUUAUCAUGGACCCUACUAACCAGGGAGUUUCAACAUCAGAAAAUGAGGCUGUGUAUGAAGCAGAUCACAAGUGCUAACUAUCUAGUAAUGAUCUUCAUUUACUUAAUUUUGAAGGAAAUCAUAAAUUACAUCCACAUCCAACUGGUAAAUACAAGAUUUUUAUUGGCCAAUUUGAUUUAAAUAAUUCAUAUAAGUAGUUAAGCCUGCAAACUUUGAGAAACUCAAUCAUGACAGAGUUUAAACAAGACCACCUGCAACACUUCAAGUCCUCCAAAGCAUCUGAAGAAAGGGGCUUGAAUAUGGAAGUCAUAAACCAGCUCUCUAAUGCAACGGAGAGCAUGUUAGAGGGUUUCAAUGAAACAGAAUUCUCAAUGGAAAACUUCUGGAGCUACCAUUUCCAGUUACCAGAAAACACAACACCGAGCUCACUUUCCAAUUUUCCUUGUGUUACCCUACUGAAAUGUCAGAACGAGUUUCCGGUGAUAACUCGAAGUAGUCUACUUGUAGAUAGCGCUCAAGAAACCAUGAAGAGAAAAACAAAACAAGCAUCAGAAAGCAAUCCAGGAACUCUUUGUGCAGCUUUUGGAAAUGACAGUAGUAACGCUAGGCCUUCAAAAAACUUGGGAGGAGGAAGGAAAAGAAGGAACUGUGAGAAAGAACAAGAAAAGCCUGCAGAAGUAGUUCAUGUUAGAGCAAAAAGAGGUCAAGCUACCGAUAGUCACAGUUUAGCAGAAAGGGUGAGAAGAGAGAAAAUCAACAACAAACUAAAAUGUUUGCAAAACAUUAUUCCCGGUUGUCACAAGGUAAUUUUUUUCCUUGUCCUGUGUAUCAAAACAUUGGAGUCUCAAGUUCAAACAAAAUUUCCAUUUUUUUCUUUUUUCAGUCAAUGGGUAUGGCAAUGGUGUUGGAUGAGACUAUCAAUUACGUCCAUUCACUACAGAAUCAAGUCGAGUUUCUCUCAAUGGAGCUUGCAGCUGCAUGUUCCACUUUAGGCAUAAAUUUUGGCAUGGGGCCUAUCCGAAAAGCUUUGGGGACAAGAUCACAUGAGGAACAUGAGAGAGAGAAAUAGAUGAGGAAAUGAUAAAAAGAGCACAGUUGCUUCCACUUGAGUAAGCCCUUUUGACUGCGAAUGGGGCAUUUGUUAUCUAUCUGUUGUCACAAAUCACAUGAAUUUGCUUCUUAUAUUCACUUUCUCUUUAGACAAACAAGAUAGUGUUUUUUCACAAGUCUACAAAAUGACAAAAACAUAAGUACUAGAGACUGAUGUAUCAAUUUUACAUCUACUGUAAAUUGCAGAGAUGGUAGAACAGUACAACCAAGUACCUAAUA